AGGAUUUUUCUACAGAAUUCUCCCGCUUGACAAAAAUUUCCAUGAAGGGCAUCGGAAUUAAUUUCAGUCAAUGAUCCUUAACACUGCAUUGGCAUUAUCACACAUACACGAAGAUCGCGGCGGUUGUAUUUACAUGGAGAGGACCAGUAUACUCAGCUGGGAGGAAACCCGUUAGAGGCUAUCGACGACGUUUUUCACGACUGGUCAGUCUUGUUUGUAGUACCGGUCAGUAAACAUCAACCAAAGAUGUGCUCUUGCCGCCUCAAUACUCUCGGCGGUUUAUUACUGCAAUACGUAAUAGUGGCUGCCUCCAUUGUACACCCAAGCGUUACAGUAUCGUCGGAAUUCGGACGAAACAUUAUUAACGUCAGUGAUUAUACGUCACUUGAUAAUCACACCAGUGAUUACAAAUAUGUGAUUAAGAAGUUCAGAGUACCAGUCGAUCACUUCAGUUUUGCUGGCAACGAAACCUUUGAAAUUAGAUAUCUAGUGAAUAAUACAUGGCAAUCAGGUAAAAAUCCACCGAUAUUCUUCUACACCGGAAAUGAAGGAAAGAUUGAGGAAUUCGCUGCGAAUACUGGAUUCAUGUGGGAGAUAGCGCCCAGUUAUGGUGCAUUGAUAAUAUUCGCUGAGCACCGAUAUUAUGGAGAGUCCCUGCCAUUUGGAAACAGAUCGGCCGCGGACGCAAAACACCUCGGUUACUUGACUGCUCAACAGGCUUUAGCGGAUUACGUUGAUUUGAUCGAAUACCUCAAAUCGGAUGCAGCCCUUAAACGCAGUCCCGUGAUCGCUUUCGGAGGGUCUUAUGGCGGGAUGUUAAGCGCCUGGUUCCGUAUGAAAUAUCCGCAUAUUAUUCAAGGAGCAAUAGCAGCGUCAGCUCCAAUUCUCCAAUUCACCGGUGUCACAGACUGCCAAGCAUUUAAUCGCAUCGUAACGUCAGAUUUUCGAGCAGCGAGUGAUGUCUGUCCUAAAGUCAUUCGAAAGUCCUGGAACGCUAUUAAUAAUCUAACUUCCACAGACGAAGGGAAAAAAUGGUUGUCAGCGGAGUGGAAAUUGUGCCAGAACAUUACCAAUUCCACUGACAUCAAACAAUUGAAAGACUGGUUGUACAAUGUUUAUGGUAAUCUAGCUAUGGUAGAUUAUCCUUAUGAAGCUAAUUUCCUAGCGCCAUUGCCGGCUUAUCCAAUAAACAAAUUUUGUCAGCCCCUCAAGGAUGCAACAGGAUCGGACAAAGCAAUCCUCUCAUCCUUGAAAUCAGCACUGAAUAUUUACACGAAUUACACUGGAAAGACCCGAUGCAUUGCCACCGAAGACGCGUCACCGAAUUUGGGAGCAGAUUUAUGGUAUUAUCAAGCGUGCACAGAGAUGGUGAUGCCCAUGUGUGCCGAUGGGAUCAACGACAUGUUUGAGCCUCAGCCGUGGAAUUUGUCGAAUUACACUGGCGAGUGCGUCCAGAAAUAUGGAAUCAAGCCCCAGCCAGACUUGGCCUGCAAGACCUACGGCUGUCAGGAACUGAGUACAGCUACCAACAUUGUAUUUAGCAAUGGUUUACUGGAUCCUUGGUCCAGUGGUGGAGUUUUGAGAAAUUUGUCUGAAUCAGCUAUUGCUGUAAUCAUUCCGAAGGGGGCUCACCAUCUCGACCUCAGGGGGAGUCAUCCCAACGAUCCUUACUCGGUAAUCGCAGCUCGGAAUUAUCACAAAUUUUCAAUUUCGAAGUGGAUCAAACAAUAUCGUGAGGCUUAUGUGAAGGAAUUCAAUGAUGUCACUGUUCAAUAGUUCUCCCUCCAAUGGAUCUAAAUUGAUGAUUAAAUCCAUUGCAAUAUUGAGAUGUUUUUGUAACGUUAACGUGUAAUUUUUAUACUCAAAUAAAUAGAAAUUGUACAAAUGAAA